CCACAGCGCCCAACCAAAGAGCGCACUGGAGGCGGAGGGGCAGCAGCGACCAGCCCGCUCCCCGCCUCCCCGACAGAGCUUCGGUCAGCAUGGGGGUGACAGGUGCCAACGGAUUUCCCUGCUGUGGCAAGGAGUCAGUGGACAUUGUGGAGACACAGAGUGGCCUAAGCCAACACCAGCUGGUACCAGAGGAAGAUGAGGUCGAGCUGAAGAAAGAAUUGCUGGAACUGGAGCCCCCACACAAAGUGGACCUGGACCUAGAGCCAGAACUGGAGCUGGAGCUGGAGUCCAAGCCCAAGGACCCUGAGCAACGGGAGCCUAGGACAGAGUCCCUCCAGCCCCCCACGCAGCAGGACGUCAGCCGGUGGAGUGUGAGGUCAAAUUCUAGCUACCUGAGUUCAGUAGGGGAGGACCAGGCGUCCACCAACCAACGCUCUAUCCGCGUGCAGACCUCUAAGCACCUCUUCUGGGCAGACAAACACAUCCAGGCCUCAGAACACAGCCUGGAGCGGGUGAUCAACAUGCAGCAUGGCAAGAACACAGGUAAGACCGCUGGCUGUCAGGACCAGCAGUCUGGCCCCAAGGCCACCACGUGCUCCAAGAAGCAGCUCCAGGACCCCAGGGCCCAGCCAGCUCCACCCACCACCAGCUCCCAGCAGCCACCAAACCCCCACCCAUCCUCCUCCAGUCUCUCGCCAGGCAUCGGCUUGGCCGAUCUGGUCAACUUUGCCUCCUCCUUGGCCGCCGUGGCCUCCUCCAGCAAGAUGGACUUGCCCAACUUGGAGCAUAUUGUCAAACCUCCACCUCAGAAGGUCGAGGCACCUUCUACAGAUCCCGAUAUCCAGCUGUCCAUGGACCAGCGAGAGCAGGAAAAGCUCAUUAAGGACUUGCUAGAGAAACCACUUAAAGCCGAGGAGUCACAGAAAGCUCGGAAGCAGGAAGACAAGAACUUCUUCCACCCUUACCUCGGCUUCAGCAAGCCGGGGAUCAAGAGGGCCGCCAUUGAAGGAGAAGUGAAGCUUCUCCAGCAACAGACCUGGUCCCCUCCGCCUAAAGGAGCCGUGAAAGGCUCGGUGCCGAGAACCAGGAAAGGGAGUCCAUUAUUGCUGAAAAUCCAUUUUAAGGUGUCGUCCCCCACCUCCCCAGAGAAAUGACUAGACAAAACCAGUAAAGCCUCCAGUGCUGGCCCCCGACUCAGACUUUUUGUGCAAAUGCUCCCGGACCAGCGAGCUCACCUGGCUGUGGAGUCCCGGUCUCGCUUUUUUAGGGAUGUCAGCCCCAUGGUUUUUUUCUUUCAAGACUUUAUUUAAAUUCUAGUUAGUUAACACAUCGUGUAGUAUUCGUUUCCACCCACCCCCAUUUUUGAG